CUUUCAGUUUGUUUUAAUAAAUAUUUUCAUAACACUCAUUUUUCUUGAAACUGCAUUGUUGGUUAAUGGCUUGUAAGUAAGCAUUUCAUGGUACGGUCUACUACACCUGUUGUAUUCAUUGCAUGUGACAAAUACAUUUGGAUUUGAUUUGACUAUAAUAUUUGUCUUUGUCUUUGUAUCUAUUAAAUGGACGAAGGAUAACAAUUUACUUGGAUUGUAUAGAUAGAAUGCACCCUCACUUGCUGCGCGUGUGGACUGGAGCCGGAAAUUGUUCACCAAAUCAGACUAGCUGUAGUCGUGUUGUUGCCGUGACUGCUGUGUCACGCUGCUCCGCUUUAGCAGAUAGCAGCCUGAAGCGACCAGAGAGAGAUAGAAACGGCCGCGUUGGAGAGUCAGCGAAAUGAGGGAGGAGAGGGAAGGGGGAGAUUAAGAAUUAGAGGUUGGGAUAGAUGAAGCGAUUGAGGUCCGUGUAAAAGGAAAAGAUUGAGCGGGAGAACCCUCGACAUUUCUCCUCUUUUCUCUUCUGAGUUAACAAUGCGCUCUACCUGAAAUAACAGCAGCAUGCGUAUGAGAACGUAUCCCUGGAGCGCGUCUCUCCAGGAGCGGAUAUCGAGCCAAAUUAACGACGGGAUGGAAUAACGGUUUUACGCACCAGGACCGACGUGGAUUCGUUAGCAACAAUGUGGUGUAUCAACUGCGCCUCAGACAAGACUCCUGUUAUUCUAAAUAACAACAAGCUUAUAUACUGUGUGGAAGAGCCUCAACGUGGCGACACAGGCAGUUUCUCCGACAGCACCUGUAGCCAGGGGCCCUACCCGAUCGGCUCUGAUCAUCGCUACAACAGUGGCCCUGGCCCACUGGGCCACCACCCCCAGGGCCCUCCAGUGGCCCCCCCUAGCCCCGCCUCCCUGUCCUGGGCCCAGAGGACCCGGCACCAGCCUGCCAGCCUGGCGCUCCGGAAGCAGGAGGAGGAGGACAACAGGCGCUGUAAAGCCCCGUCGGAAAGCUAUGAGCUCUCCACAGACCUACAGGACAAGAAGGUGGAGAUGCUGGAGAGGAAGUACGGAGGUUACUUGCUCAGUCGGCGGGCGGCGCGCACCAUCCAGACGGCGUUCCGUCAGUACCGCAUGAACAAGAACUUUGAGCAGCUACGAAGCUCCGCCUCCGAGAGCCGGAUGACUCGACGUAUCAUCCUGUCUGACAUGAGACUGCAGCACUCGUUUGACGAGCGGCAGGGCCAGCCCCAGGGCCAAGGGGUUCAGCAGGGACAGAGGUAUCCACACCCUGGAGCACACCCUGGGGAUGAAGAGAUGCAGGCUGGGUCUCCUCCACGCUGCCUGGGGGACAGAGAGGAGUACACACACCUGGACGAGACCUUCUCCAAACAGGUGAAGUCCCUGGCCGACUCCAUCGAUGACGUCUUGACCUGUCAGUCUGGUGAAGACCUUCAAGGGGAGGUGGAAGAGGAGGAGGAGGAGGAGGAAGGUGACGGAGACGAGACAGGGGUGGAGGCGGACGACUUUGGAGAGUGUGUUUGGAGGCCGAGGGAAGGAGACAGACAGAGGGGUAGAGGAAGAGGAGGAGUGGGAGGAAGAGGAGGAGGAGGAGAGAGACAGAGCAUGCACGAAGACAGCACAGCCACCUCCUACAGCGACGUGACCCUCUACAUGGAUGACGGGCUCUCCUCCUCUCCUCUGUCCUUGAACCGGGCCCCCAGCAGCCCAGAUACAGAGUACUGGAGCGCUGGAGUGUGUGGCGGCAAGGUGGGGAGGCGCGAAGACAGCUGGGACACAGAGGGAGGGGGCAGCAGUAACAGCCGACGCAGCACCCCCUGUACAGAGUGUAGAGACUACAGCCUGAGAGGAGCUCACCUACCUCUGCUGACCAUCGAACCCCCCAGCGACAGCUCUGUUGAUAUGAGUGACCGCUCGGACCGUGGCUCUAUAGGCAGACUGGUCUACGAUACAGAACCAGGGGGAGGAGUUGGAGGAGGGGGGUCGCCUCAGAGCACUAUUAAACAUAACCCCCACCCAAAUCCUCACCCUAACCCCAACGGGCGCGCUGUCCCCACACCUCCCCAGGCGCAAGGCCAGACUCCUUCUGUGCUUCCUCACCGCCCCCACCCUCACCCCCACCCCUCGGCCAUCCCCUCCCACCUGCCCUACCACACCAUCCUACACCACCACCAUCAGCUCCCAUAUCACCCUCUACAUCCCCACCAACCGUACCCCGAUACCCCCUCCUCCUCCUCCUCUCAGCCCCCACAGGGAGCACCCCUCACCCCCCUAUUUUCCUCCUCAUCUGCCACACUGCCCCCUGGUGGCCAGGAGCAGGUCUGCUGUUCUGACGGAGACAACGACUCUCUCAGCUCCACCACCACCUCUAACGAUACCAUCAACUGCUCCUCCGGGUCCUCAUCACGCGACAGCCUCCGGGAGCCCCUCCAACCGCUCGGGAAACAGACCUAUCAGAGAGAGAGCAGACACAGCUGGGAUAACCCCGCCUUUAACAACGACGUGGUGCAGAGACGACAGUACCGCAUCGGACUCAAUCUGUUCAACAAGAAGCCAGAGAAGGGUAUACAGUACCUGAUAGAGAGAGGCUUCGUAUCGGACACACCGGUAGGCAUCGCCCGCUUCAUCCUUGAGAGGAAAGGACUGAGUAGACAGAUGAUAGGAGAGUUCCUGGGCUGCAGACAGAAACAGUUCAACAAGGACGUCCUGGAGUGAGUGGCUAAUCAAUAUAGUAAUAAUCAAUAUCUAUACAGUAUUGUGUUCUGUCUGACUCUAAUCAGUCAACUAUACAGUAUCGUGUUCU